AUGGAGAAAUUUGAAAAAGUUGAAAAAAUCGGUGAGGGAACUUACGGUAUAGUUUUUAAAGCCAAACAUAGGAUAACAGGAGAAGUUGUUGCAUUGAAAGGAAUUAGGUUAGAUGGUGAUUCCGAAGGUGUUCCAUCUACGGCACUAAGAGAAAUAGCAUUGCUCAAAGAACUCAAACAUCCAAACGUCGUUCAACUAUUGGAAGUUGUUCACAUGGAAAAAGUUUUAUAUUUGGUUUUUGAAUAUUUUUAUCGGGAUUUGAAAAAAUUCAUUGAAAAAGUCGACGGUGACAUACCGAUUAAAUUAAUCAAAAGUUAUUUGUAUCAAUUGUUAAAAGGAUUGCAAUAUUGUCACACUAAUAAAACAUUACACAGGGAUUUGAAACCGCAAAAUUUACUCAUAGACACAUUGGGCAAUAUAAAAUUAGCUGAUUUCGGUUUGGCUAGAACAUUUGGACUACCGACACGUUCAUUUACUCACGAAGUCGUCACAUUAUGGUAUCGUGCACCGGAAAUAUUAUUAGGUAGUAAAUAUUAUACGGUCAGCGUUGAUAUAUGGAGUUUAGGAUGUAUUUUUGGUGAAAUGGUUAUGAAAAAAGCAAUGUUCCCUGGAGAUUCUGAAAUAGAUCAAUUAUUUAGAAUAUUUAGAGUUUUAGGAACACCUCACGAAGGUGUAUGGCCAGGAGUUACACAAUUAGACGAUUAUAAAUGUAGAUUUCCAGUAUGGGAACCAAUGUCAUUGGGAGAGGAAAUCAUUCCAAGGCUCGAUGAUAAGGGUAUUGAUUUACUUUCAAACAUGUUAAAAUAUGAUCCAUCUAAAAGGAUAUCUGCCAUGGAAGCUUUGGAUCAUCCAUUUUUUGAAAAAGUCGAAUUCGUUCCUCCUCCAUUGGACUACGAAAGAAGUAGUUCAACUUCGAGUACUGAUUGA